AUGGCUCCCAAUAAGAAAUCUAAAGCGAAGGGCGCCGCCGCCGCCGCCGCCGGACCGCCUCAGCCCGCUGCCGAAUAUCCGGCGUGUCUACGGUGUAUACCGCCCUCUUCCGUUGCUAUCUCUGUCCAUGCGAAGCCCGGGUCUAGACUUGCCACCAUCACCGAUAUGAACGACAAUGCGGUAGGAGUCCAGAUUGAUGCUCCCGCUAAAGACGGCGAAGCUAAUGCGGCUCUUCUCGAUUACAUUAGCUCUGUUAUUGGGGUGAAAAAAAGGCAAGUUUCAAUAGGUUCUGGCUCGAAGUCAAGGGAUAAGAUAGUGAUAGUGGAGGAGGUAACUUUGAAGACUGUAUUUGAUGCCCUAAAUAGAGCUCUAAUGAGCCAGUGAUGUACUUUGCAGACAGUUUUGUACGACAUAUGAGGCUCAGUUCACUGAUUUACUGUAUUUCUGUAUAACUUAAUGUAUAAGGCUCUUUGCACUA